AGGGAUAUGAAGACCCAGCUAGAACAGGAGAGGGCUGCCUACAGAGAGUCGGCAAGCAGCAAUAACGAGAGCACUGAAGCCCUGAAGGAACAAGUGAGAAUGUUGCAGUUAGAGAUUGACGGUUUGUCUGAGAAAUCUAACAGUUCUGAUAAAAGCCAAAGAUACAGGGACCUUGAAAAAGAAAACGAGAGGCUGCGAUCUGAAAAGAAAAGAUUGCAAAAGGAGAGCGGAGCAACGAUACUUAAACUAAGAAAAAAUCUCCAGGCAGCUAAAAAAGAACCAGGGAAACCGGAUCAGGGAAAAGAAACAAAUAAAGACAAAGGUCCCCCAAUUUCUGCCAAACGCCCACAAACUGAAAGGAAAGCCGAAAAAAAUUAUUAUACGCAAUCUACAUGUUCCAGGAAUUCUGCACAGAAACAGAGACCAAAGAUAGGAUCGGAAAUAAAGGUCACGGGAUCAACUUAGUAUGAAUAUUUUUCGUUUGUUUUUUUUUUAAAGUGACUUAAUUCAAUAAGAGUUGUCAUUCUUAGACUUUGUGCCCAAAGACAUACUAAGAAAGAUAACUCUAUUCCAUUAAAGACAAUAAAUUCUUAUACCAUGCAGGAGUUAUUUCCCUUAGAAAGCAUUAAAAGAUUUAUUGUGAU